AUGGGUCUGAGAGAAGAAGAAGCCAUAGGAAUUGUGGGUUUGAAUCAAGAGUUCAGGGAAGAAUCAAGAUGGGUUCAUAGUCAUUGUCAAGGAAUUGAAGGAGUUGUCGAUGCUGUGAAGAUGAAAUGGAGCGGCCUUCUUCCAUCUGACAAUGUAAAUAAGCACGAUUCAUCCUUUCACGGUUCUACAAACACAACUUCUGUGCAUCCUUCAAUUGAUGGUACACUUCCAACCGGUGGACACAUUCAGACUGUGGUUACUCAAGCAAACUCAAAUGUCGGGAAAGAAGGCUUUGAGCCAAUGGUAGAGGGUGCAGAUGGUUUGCUGGCACAAGACAGUUUCGGAAGGUGGAUGAACUACGUGAUGACCGAAUCCCCAGGUUCAUUAGACAAUCCAUCGAGUGGAUCCUCGAUUUCAAAUGGUUAUGGAUCGAAUAUAAAUGGGGAAGUGGAUCAUCAUCACUCCUCUAUGCAUAAACAAGUCAUAGUGAUCGGAUAUUUUAAUGGAGGACCAUCACAUCUUGUCGAUUCGGAUUUACUUAUGAUAUUAGGUGACGAAUGUAUUCCAGCUGAAAUGAUUCAACACGGGGUAUAUCGGUGCAAGGCUUUACCACAUUCUCCUGGGUUGGUAAACCUACAUUUGAGCAUGGAUGGUCAAACUCCUAUUAGCCAAGUUAUGAGUUUUGAGUAUCGCUCUCCUUCAGUGGUAAAUGAGGUGGCUUCACCUAACGAUGAACCUAGCAGGGAUGAAUUCCAGAUUCAGAUUAGGCUUGCACAUCUGCUCUUCUCAUCAAGCAACAGCCUGAGCAUCCUAUCAAACAAGGCAUCUCCAACUGUGUUAAAGGAAGCAAAAAAGUUUGCACACUCAACCUCAUCCAUUAUCAAAGAUUGGGACUAUUUGAUUAAGUCAGUUAUGAACAAUGAUAUCUCAUUUCAACAUGCGCAAAAAAGUUUGUUUGAGAUCACUUUGAAGAACAAAUUACAUGAGUGGCUUUUGGAAAGAGUAAUUGAGGGGUCAAAGAUCAGUGCUCGUGAUCAUCAAGGUCUUGGGAUAAUUCAUUUGUGUGCAAUUUUAGGUUAUACUUGGGCUGUUCGACCGUUUUCACGUUCUGUCCUCUCCUUGGAUUUUCGCGACUCUCGUGGAUGGACGGCUUUGCAUUACGCUGCACACUUUGGAAGGUAUGGUUAUCCUAUUCUAGUAAAUCGGACGCUCCACCUGUAG